UAAUGAAAGGAGGUAAAUAAUAAAAGAACAAAUCAAUCUGGGAUUAAGUCAGAAAUGAAGAAAAAGACUUCUAUUUUAACUUUUUGGCUAAAAAAUACAGAAAUCUCUAAAAGAAACUCAAGGAUAUAGCAGACCUUGAAGAAUUACAAAAAACUAAAGAAUUGAAACAAGAAUAGAUCUAGAAGAUACAAAACAAAGAAGAAAAUAAUGAAAGAAUAAAAGAAUUAGAAGGCCAACUCUCGAAUUGGCUAAAUGCUAAGAAAGAAGCCGAACAAUAAGGAUCUAUAAUCACUAUUGAAGCAUACAUUAUAAUUCUUCAAAAUCUCGCCUAAGAUCCCUAAUUAGUUGCUCUGUUAGCUUAAGACCAUGAAUCCACCCAUGAAUUAGCUAAAAAAUUGUAAUCUAAAAUAGUUGGAUAAUCAGCCAAAACAGAUUAACCAUGGAAAGGAUUGAAAGUAUUUGAAUUAUAAUUUAUAUUUAGUUUGAAAUUCAAACAUAGGAAUAACAUCAAGAAACUAAACAAAUCUAAGAAGUAACUGAAACAGAACCUAUUUAAUAAUAAGUCCAAUAAGUAAUUUAACAAUAAGAAUAACCUAUCUAAUCAAAAUAAACACCAUCAGAAGAAGUAUAACUUUAAUAGAAAUAACAUGAAUAACCAGAAAUCUAAGAAACUUAAGAACAAUAAUAAUUCAGUGAAUAACAACCAUAAAAUGAACAACCCUAAGAAGAUAUUUAAAAUUAAGUCUAAUAACCCAAUUAAGAUGAAUAACCAUAAACAAAAGAGGGUUAAAGACAUCAUUAACAUCGUGAUGAUAGAAGAAAUUACAAAAAAAAUUACAAUAAUAAUAAUUAUGAUAGAAGAAACAAUUAUGAUAGACCAUACAGAGGAAACAAAUAAUAUUAUCAAAAUAGAGAUAGAAAUUAUCAAUAAGAAUAAAUCUGGGAAGAAAAAGUUGAUAGAUAGGCUCCUUAAAAUUAAGAAGAGUAAUAAUAAGAAGAGGAUGAUUACAUUACUGUUAGAAGCAAGUAUCAUUUACCUUUAUCUAAUCUAGAAAACCAUAAAAACCAUAGAGAGGAGGAUAAAGGAAUUAUGAAAAUAGAAAUAAUAAUAGAAACUAUGAGGGCAAUCAAUCAAGAGGAUAAAGAAACAAUGAAUAAGUUGAUAAAUGAGAG